AUGUUCUCCAGCAUCAAGAACGCCAUCCUGGACCGCACCAACCGCCCAAGGGAAGAGGAGGAGGGGAGGGGAGAGCCGAACACCUGCGACGAUGUCGUUGUGAGCGAGCACGAAGUUGGGGACGAUAAGAUAGGUCCUUUGGGAGAACGACUGGCCCCGGCGCCAGCACCUCCAAUUCCUUCUCUCACCUUCAGCUCCGGCUCGAGCUCCAGUGGGCAGAUCUCCGCUUUGUUGGCAGACGACAGCGGUGGGAGCGGCACGACUACGGACUCGGAGCAAUUUCUAACAGACGAACGCGCUGGACCGUCAUGGUGGCUCACGCAAUGCUUCGGAGACAAAGGCGAUGUCGAGGACAUAACAGAAGCGGACAUCAUCUCGACUGUUGAGUUCGAUCAGACGGGCAACUACCUCGCGACCGGCGACAAGGGCGGCCGGGUGGUGCUGUUCGAGCGGAAUGAGACAAAGAAGACUUGCGAGUACAAGUUCCACACGGAGUUCCAAUCACAUGAGCCUGAAUUCGACUACCUGAAAUCCCUGGAGAUUGAGGAGAAGAUCAACAAGAUCAAGUGGUGUCGGAGACAAAAUGCAUCACACUACCUGUUGUCGACCAACGACAAGACGAUCAAGCUGUGGAAGGUCUUUGAGAAAUCGUUGAAGGUGGUGGCAGAAAACAACCUCUCCUCGGAGCUCACACCUGCAGGCACGGGCAACGCAAAUGGCGGCGGGCCUGUACGCUAUCCGAACCAUCACUUCCGGAGCGUUGCCGACCUCAAGUUCCCACGCAUGACGCACCAUGACACUGUCGUCGCCGCAGUCCCACGCAGAGUCUAUUCCAAUGCCCACGCCUACCACAUCAACAGCAUCUCCGUCAACAGUGAUGGCGAGACCUUCAUCUCCUCGGACGAUUUGCGGAUAAACCUCUGGAACCUGAACAUUCAGGACCAGAGCUUCAAUAUCGUCGACAUUAAGCCUGCUAACAUGGAGGAGCUGACAGAAGUCAUCACUGCCGCUGAGUUCCAUCCGCAGAGCUGCAACUGGUUCAUGUAUGCGAGCAGCAAGGGUACUAUCAAGCUGGCGGAUAUGCGACAGAAGGCGUUGUGUGAUGAGCAUGCCAAGCAGUUCGAACAAGAAGAAGACCCUUCGUCGCGCUCAUUCUUCAGCGAAAUCAUCUCAUCCAUCUCCGACGUCCGCUUCAGCUACGAUGGCCGCUACAUCCUCUCCCGCGACUACCUCACCGUCAAGAUCUGGGACGUCAACAUGGAGCGCCAGCCGGUCAAGACCAUCCCCAUCCACGAGCACCUCCGACCCAAACUCUGCGAUACCUACGAAAACGACAGCAUCUUCGACAAAUUCGAGGUCGUCUUCUCAGGCGACGCCAAGAACGUCAUGACCGGCUCCUACAACAACAAUUUCAUGAUCUACCCGUCCGAGGAAGGCAAGGACACCGAAGUGGUGCUGCAGGCCGACAAGAGCGCUUUCAAGGCCAAGAAGGUCGGCAUCCCAACUCCGAUGAAUGGCAAAGACGGUGCCGCAGGUGGCAAGAAGGGCGGCAGCAGAGGGAGCAGUCCGGCAGGUGGUGCGCAAAGGAUGCGUAAGGAGACCGAUGCGGACCAGAUUGACUUCAACAAGAAGAUUCUGCACAUGAGCUGGCACCCUAGGGAGGACAGCAUUGCUAUUGCCGCGACGAAUAACCUCUUCGUCUUCUCGGCGCUUUGA